AUGACACCUUCCCAUCUAGGAUUGACAGAUAUGGAGAAAUCAAAGGACCCACCUAUGUGGGAAAAAAGUGUGAACUGUGAGAGCGAUAGCGAUAAAGAUAUUGCGACUUUGAGCGUAGCUGAGAUUCAUAAUCUAGUGUACUUCUCAGAGAACUUCAAAAUAUAUGGCUGCAACCUAGAGCGGCUCCCAGACAACACUCAAGAGGUCUCAUUCACGGUCGAAUUGUCACACAUGCAACUACUAGGGGUACUUAGUAAAUUCGACUUUAGAUCCGUUAGCACAAAAACUCACUUAGAAGCACUUGUAGUAAAAACGGGGUUGACCAGAUUCUGUGUGAAUUUUGUGGUCGCAGACACUGUAGUCACCAAGUUAUUCCCGGAGAAAGUCAGUCUUUUAUUGAGCAAAAGUCAGGUAUACAAGGGAAAGCAAAUGUUGCUUAACAUAGAAGGGGGGAGCAGUAGUGUCACCGUCACACCCAAUGGAUAUUUAACCCAUGUACCGGGGAGUGAAGUCGUUCUGUUGGUUAACAAACUAGGCAAAUCACCCACGGUCAGAAGUAUGCAAUAUUUUACGCCGUUGGCACCAUAUGCCCAGAAUUACUCAAAUAAAACCAGAGUGAUAUCUAACCAAUUGGAGAGCCCAGUCAAGUUAUAUGAGCUACCUAGAAAAAUCACCCACCAGUUGUCGCUUACAAGGUCAAAGGUGACUUACUUGAUUGGCAAGAAUGGCGAGAAAAUCCAGGAGCUUAGAAAAUCGAGUAACUGCUACAUAAAAGUGUUGGAGUACAGCGGAAGUAACGCAGAGAACUUAUUUCAGUCAAGGAAGAAUCUAGUCCAAGAUAUUUUAAUUCAUGGAUACAAGCCAGACGUGGAGAAAGUAAUAAAAUGCAUAUCGAGAGACUUAGCAAGGAAAAAUGCCUAG